AUUGCUAUAAAUCCCCCAGCUUUGAGGGUGAAAACAAAUUGCAGACAUGGAGCUGUUCUUGUCUUCUUUUCUUCUUCUUCACUUGGUCAUUGGAACUUCUGCCAUUAGACUCAAUCAAGAACUUGGCCAGCUGAAGCUGCCUCUUGAUCAUGUCCCCGCCUCACUCUCCUUCUCGGACGUCCUUGCUCAGGACAACGCCCGCGUCAAGUUUCUCAAUUCACGACUCGAAAAGAACUUUACAGCAGCAGCUGUUUUUCCCGGUGGAUUGGUAGAGGGCACUUUCGUUAGCGCCCCCUUGAAUCCAGGUCUUUCACUCGGUGUAGGGAAUUACUACACCAAAAUUGGGGUAGGGAGCCCGGCUACUUACUAUCCGGUCGUUGUGGACACGGGAAGCUCCCUCUCGUGGAUUCAGUGCCAGCCCUGUUUGGCCUAUUGCCAUCCACAAGCUGGUCCUUUCUUCAACCCUUCGGCUUCAAACACGUAUAAAACUCUAUCGUGCGAAGCAACCGAGUGCUCUUCGUUGAAGUCUGCCACACUCAAUAGCCCCAUGUGUACGAAAUCGGAUAAAUGUGUGUACACAGCAACAUAUGGUGAUCAGUCCUUCUCUCAGGGCUUCUUGAGCAAAGACACUCUCACCUUUGGCUCUGAGAAGCUCCCUGGUUUCGUCUACGGUUGUGGUCAAAACAACGAUGGCCUAUUCGGGAAGUCAGCCGGUCUGAUUGGCUUCGCGAAGAGCUCUCUGUCCAUGCUGUCCCAGCUCUCAACGAAGUACGGGAAGGCCUUCUCGUACUGCCUCCCAACCGCCUCUGGCUCGGGAGGCUAUCUCUCCAUUGGAUCUCAUUCGACUUCCUCUCCACCGAGCUUCACUCCUCUGCUAUCCGACUCCCGGGAUCCUUCCCUGUACUUUGUAAAGCUCACGGCCAUAACGGUCUCUGGGAGGGCGUUAGCCGUGCCAGCGUCUGACUAUAGUAUCCCGACCAUCAUCGACUCUGGCACCACCAUAUCGCGGCUGGCAGGGCCGGUGUACACGGCCCUGAGGGCGGCGUUGGUGAGGGUCAUAUCUCCGAGGUUUAAGUUGGUUGAGGCGUAUUCCAUUUUGGACGCGUGCUUUGCUGGGACAGCGGGCGCGAUAGCCUCAGUUGUGCCUGCGGUUGAGAUGAGGUUCCAGGGAGGGGCGGCGCUGAAGCUGGCGCCGCGCAAUCUUCUGUUGGAGGUGGAGAAGGGGACGACGUGCUUGUCGCUGGCCGGGAACUCGGAUAUACGAGACAGCAUCGGCAUCAUCGGCAACCAGCAGCAGCAGACUACACAAGUUGUGUAUGAUGUAGCUAAUUCAAGACUUGGAUUUGCUGCUGGUGGCUGUCGCUAAUUUGAUGCAUAUUUGUUGUUUAAGAAUUCUGUUGUAUAAAAUGUUGAUAUCAAUCAUUGUGUAUAGUUAUUCUACUUCAAUUUGUAUGUAGUACUAAUAUUUAUAAACCGCAUCAUAUCUUCCUUUGUAUCAAAUUUAUAAACUUUGAAUGAUUUAUUAUA